UAUCUCUACCAUGGCAUUUAACACACAACCGUUGAUUGAGAGUAUUGCACACUGCAUAAACGUAUUGCAGUAUUGUAAAGUGUUUGUUUGCCAGUUACUUAACACCUAUUACUUUUUGUCAGCACCGUCGAAAUUUAAAGGUCCAACAAAAUGUAUCAACCGGAAACAAGUUACGAAGAAUUUCUGAAGUCAGAACAAGAAAAGUAUCCGGAAUUAGAUUUGAAAGACAUCGAAGAGCUAAAAGAACGAUUGAAAGCAAACGCUGACUUACCUCCUAUACGAGACAAAUUAAUCGUCAUGUUCCUCCACAGUAGUUAUUUCGAUGUCGAUCAGGCGUACAAAACAAUCACUACUCACUACAAGUACCGUAAAGAACUGCCACAAGUUUUUGAAAACUAUGAUCCGUCGUCUGAAGAGAUGAAACAGGUAUUCGAUAAUAUGAGCAUUUGCAUAGUGUUAAAUCCUAGUACUGGCAAACAAGAGCGCCUUCUAUACACAAAUUUUAAAAAUACCGACCCUGAUGAGUACGACUACGUGCGUUGUUGUAGAUACUUUUUUAUGAUGUUAGAAUAUUUAAUGGUUACAAGUGGUACAUUUGAAGGUGUGGUAUUAACAAUGAACAGCAAAGGCGUAUGUUGGCGGCAUAUCACCAAGACGCCGAUGAAUACAUUGAAGAAAUUACUUGGAUUCGUACAAGAGGCACUACCGGUGCGACUUAAAGAAGUGCAUGUUUUAAAUUCUGGAACGAUAAUUAGUAUGUUAAUUAAUAUAAUCAGACCAUUUAUGAGAAGUAAUCUUUUAAACCUGCUAAAAGUAUUUCCAGAGGGUUCGAAAGACAUUUUCAAUCACAUGCCCAUCGAUAUAAUGCCGCAAGAAAUAGGGGGAAACGGAAAAUCACAUUAUGAAUAUUGCGAAGAAACGUAUAAACAAAUGCUUUCUGCUCGUGAUUUUUUUUUGUCUUUGAAUUAGUACUUAAAUUUCAUUUCUAAUAAUGGGCUAACAAAGAAAUGAUAUAUGAUACAUAGUGCGGAGUAAAUAUAAAUACAUUAUUAGAGUAUCUUAAAAUUUUUAGUAGAUAUUAUAAAACUUAUUAAAAACAAUUUGAUAUAAUAUUUAUAAUGGGUCACACAAACGUCUAUCGGAGUUCAAUGAAUUAUUAAACAGGUACUUUUUGUUUAAAAUGACAAAAAAUGACCUGUUAAAUAACAUUUUUUUAAAUAUUG